AAGUUUGUUUCAACUUCUGAAAGCCCCCAAAAGAAAAAAAUGACAUAUUAUUUAUUGAAUGUAGUUAGUUAAUAGUAAUUAAAGAUUAAAAUAGAAGCUUUAAACUAUAAAGUCCACCUUUCAUAAGUCUUGAGGCGUUUCCUGGUUCAAGACGUGCCUUAUUGCCAUAGUGACAGUCAGCUGGAUUCAAAACAUGUUGGGUUUUUUUGAGGUAAAAUGUAAAUAAAAGAAAAACAAAAAAUAAAUAAAAGGCAAAUAUAAAAUAGUAAUAAAAAUGGCAAAUAUUUUACACCUUGUUUCAGAUAAAAACUACCAGUUUUUACCCUGGAAAAAAAUGUUUAGAAUGCUUUUAUGCACAACUCAUUCAAAUCAAAUCAACCUGAAUGAGUAAUAUUUUUAGAAUAAUCACAACAACACAUGCAAGCUGAUUGAAGCAAGUUAACCACAACAAGAUAGAAACAAACAACAGAGAUAUAAAUAAAUACAAAUGGAUCCAGUGUCGCUCAGCCUCCCUGAAAUCAUCAUAAAUGACAGAGGAGACUUUGAUACCACUCCUCCAAACCUCUCAUCAACCAACCACCAAACCUCUCCAGGGAGUGGAUCUGGUCUGAGUGACAAACCACGCAAACCCAAAAGGUCAAAAUCGACUCCUCAGAAGAACCAGAAAAUCAUCGACUUGUUUGGACAGUUCAAUCAGCCGGACUUUAGUUCGACACUGAAUGAAUCAACGUCAUCCCGAAGUUCCCCUUCUGGGAGCUUCAACCAGCAAAACCAACUCCUGAUACAAGCUCAUAGUGGAUCCUCUCCGUUCCAACUCCAGACUUUAUCCCCUUGUUUCGGGUCCCCGACUGGAAUCUGGACCCCCUCUCCUCCUAACCCUUCCUGCUGGCUGAAUAUGAGCCCAAUAACCUCACCUCCAAACCCCAGGUUUGGGUGUAGCCCAUAUGUUUUGGUUCCCGUGAACCAGUGUAUGGCUCCUUGUCCUCCAUUGGUCCUGCCCCAUGCUAAUCCCAGCUGGUGCUCAUGUCCACCCAUGGUGUACGAUUUUCCUCCCUACACUCCAGACCUGGCAUCGGGAGGACCGGUCCAGCCAGUCAGCGAGCUGCCAGAGUUCGCAGAGACGAGAGAGAGGAGUGAGGAGACGGGCAUGCCAGAAGAUCUUGAACUGUCUUUCCUCACAGGAGGAACACAGACACACGAGGAACCUCAUGGAUCCCAGACCUUAUUGGAUGAUGAAGCGCUGGCAGUGCUUGCUUUUGAAGACUACAAUACGGUCAUAGACUCCCUGCUUUCAGAGAACGGAAAUGAGAAUCUUGGGAUAGCAGACGACUCAUUUGAGGAGUUUCUGGAUAAACUGUGGAGGGAUGAGGAACUUGUUAGGGAGUUUGGGCUGACACUGAAUAUGGAGCCCCCGGCUUCCUUGCAGCCUUUAGAUCCACAGCUUGACCAUGUUGCUCCAGAUAACCAAACACAAGAGGAGCUGACAUAUCCACCUUCAGUAAACACCAACUAUGAACAUGUAACUGAAGGCAAAUACCAGGUGGAGUCGACGAUGAACACAGAGCACUUGGAUUCUGCUGUUUCUUCAGCUCCAGAGCCCAUCGACUUUCUUCCACUUAUUGAACUCCAGCAAGAGCCUUUGGAGGAGAUCUUGGAGCAGCUGCUUACUCUUACUUCUGGUGACUCCAAUGUGAUAUCUCCUGAAACUAAAGAAACAUCGCAGCUCGCUUCAAAUAAUGAGGCACCACUCCAAAGGGCUCAAUCACCCAUUUUAGGCCCUCCAAGCUCACAGUUUGACUCAAACCCAAACCACAACGGACAAACAACCCUUCAAGAGGAGCUGCUGCCGCCCAAUGCAACGGUGAAGUACCUUGAGAUGACACACCUUUGCCGUCGCUGUGGCACCCUCUUCAUGGACGAUAAUGUCACUUCAUAUCUGCAGUUUCCUCCCAACGUCACUCCAGACACCAGCCUCAUUCCUGAACUUCAGGAAAAGAGUUCAAAUGCACCUGCCCCCGAUUCUCCCUCCAGGGAUUUGUCAGAAGCAACCUCUGCUUUCCUUUUGCACCUGGAAGAUACAGAGCUGGAUUGGACGACCCAAAAGCUUCAGGAAGGACCUCCAGUUGGGGAUCCUUCAACCUUUUUCGAGUUCCCCUCGACCUCCAGGGUUUCAGAGCCUAAUGGGGAUCUCCAUACCAUUGCCAACAAGGAUCCUAUGCCAAAUUCAGGAGCUGAUGUAUCUAACACUGAGCCAUCACAAUCUGCAAGCCCUCAAACUUUGAUUGUCCAAGCUCUGAAAGCACUCGAUCAAACACCAUCUCCGUUUAAGACACCUCUUGAACAAUGUAGUCCCAAAACCCUUAACCCAAACCUGUCUUCUCUUGAGUCGGUCCUUGUGCAAGCAAAUUUGUCUUCUGUUGCCGAUUCCAAUGCAGAGCCCCGUGAUCCCAAAGUUGGUGCCAAUUCAUCAGACUCAAAGCCAGGAAAUCAGACAUUAGUGACCCCAAAAGAUCUGAAGGUUUCUCAAGAGUUUGCAUCCUCUGGCAUGGCAUUAAGCGCAGGAAAGUCAAGUACAUUUUGGAUAAAUUGUAACGAAAAAGGCCUUGGAACACCAGUGGCAAGAAUGCAGCCUGUGUUGAAAGCACGAAAGGAAAAAAGACUCAAGGAAGGGAAAGGGGGGAAUAAGGAAAGGACAAACAUCAGACGCAGUCAGAGGCUGUUAGAUCUUAUUGGAAAAGGUGAAGCAGGAAUGGGUGGACAAAUUAGGCAGAGCAUUACCCCAACGCCAAAAUUCAGCCCUGAGAAGGAUGGAGAACAGAAGACAGAGUCUUUUAUGAAAAGGCAAAGAGAUUUGGGCGAGUUCGAAGAGCAGAACAUGGCAACAAAAACAGCUAGAACAACCAAGCAACUUACAGAAAUGAACAAGAAGGUACAUCGUCAAAAUAUCACAGAGGAGAUAAAGCAAGUCAAGACGGAACAAAGGCUCCAGUGCAAGGACAAUUACCCACAAUUCAUACAGUUAGAGAUAGAGAAGAGCAAGGUCAAGUCCUCACCCAUGAGAGAGAUGCCUGACGACCAAAAACAGGAAGAUGCAACUGAACCAAAGACUCUGAUAGUUAAAAGCCAGAUAAAAAGAAACAAAGGCAAGAGAGACAGAAAGGACAGUCAGAAGAAGGAUGAAAAUGCUAAGUCCAACAACAAAAACAAGGUUUCUAAAAACUGCAGUCCAGUAUGUCCUCUGAGGUGCCCAAGAGUUAAAAAAAAUACUCAAAGUGAAGAACCCCUGGAGGACGAACAAUCCAACAAGACAAAUGAUCCCACUUCUGUGAAAACCUGCAUGGAAAGCCCAAACUUAACCUCUGUUGUGUGUUUGGGGACUUGGCAACAAAGCAAUGAAAGAAUGAAGGGAGGAGGAGGUACAAGACGAAUGACUUAUGAAUUCAGUCCAAUAAAAAGAUGCCAACAGGAACUUGGGGCUUCCAAAGAGAUCGAGACCAAAACGGACAAGAUCAGAUUUAGUCCAAUGAAAAGGGGAAGAUGGAAGAGCAGAUUCGAGGGAAACUUUGAGAGUGGCAAAGAGGGACCAGGAGAAACACCUGCCUGUAAACCAAACCAUACCUCAACAAAAUGCAAUAUAAACACUUGUGACAAAAAGAUCAGUCCAGUUUCUGAAGCAGAAUCUCCUCUGAGGUGCCCAAGAGUCCAAACAAAUACUGCAAGUGAAGAACCACUGGAAGACAAACCAUCUGACAAGACAAAUGAUCCCAUUUCUGUGAAACCCGGCAAGAAACCCCCAAAUAUAACCCCUGUAGUGCGUUUGGGAACCUGGCAACAAAGCAAACCUGUUGCAUCAAGUCAAAGUGAAGUUGCAGGAACCAAAACUCAUGACUUUUACAGCUUGAGAUCAGGAACUUGCAAGACUCGAGAGAACAAGGCACCUGAGGUGGUGCAUGGACAAAAUAUCUGCGAUCCAACAUCAGACCAGACAGCAGGUUUGAAAGGUGGCGAUGAAAGAAUGAAGGGAGGAGGAGGUACAAGACGAAUGACUUAUGAAUUCAGUCCAAUAAAAAGAUGCCAACAGGAACUUGGGGCUUCUGAAAAGACUGAGACCAAAACUGACAAGAUCAGAUUGAGUUCGAUAAAAAGAGGAAGACAGAAGAGCAGAUUCAAGGGAAACUUUGAGAGUGGCAAAGAGGGAUCAGGAGAAACAUCUGCCUGUAAACCAAACCCAAGCUCAACAAAAUGUGAUAUAAACACCUAUGACCAAAAGAUCAGUCCAGUUUCUGAAGCAGAAUCUCCUCUGAGGUGCCCAAGGGUCCAAACAAAUACUGCAAGUGAAGAACCACUGGCAGACAAACCAUCUGACAAGACAAAUGAUCCCAUUUCUGUGAAACCCGGCAAGAAACCCCCAAAUAUAACCCCUGUAGUGUGUUUGGGAACCUGGCAACAAAGCAAACCUGUUGCAUCAAGUCAAAGUGAAGGUGCAGGGACCAAAACUCCUGACUUUUACAGCUUGAGAUCAGGAACUUGCAAGACUCGAGAGAACAAGGCACCUGAGGUGGUGCAUGGACAAAAUAUCUGCGAUCCAACAUCAGACCAGACAGCAGGUUUGAAAGGUGGCGAUGAAAGAAUGAAGGGAGGAGGAGGUACAAGACGAAUGACUUAUGAAUUCAGUCCAAUAAAAAGAUGCCAAAAGGAACUUGGGGCUUCUGAAAAGACUGAGACCAAAACUGACAAGAUCAGAUUGAGUUCGAUAAAAAGAGGAAGACAGAAGAGAAGAUUCAAGGGAAACUUUGAGAGUGGCAAAGAGGGAUCAGGAGAAACAUCUGCCUGUAAACCAAACCCAAGCUCAACAAAAUGUGAUAUAAACACCUAUGACCAAAAGAUCAGUCCAGUUUCUGAAGCAGAAUCUCCUCUGAGGUGCCCAAGAGUCCAAACAAAUACUGCAAGUGAAGAACCACUGGAAGACAAACCAUCUGACAAGACAAAUGAUCCCAUUUCUGUGAAACCCGGCAAGAAACCCCCAAAUAUAACCCCUGUAGUGCGUUUGGGAACCUGGCAACAAAGCAAACCUGUUGCAUCAAGUCAAAGUGAAGGUGCAGGGACCAAAACUCCUGACUUUUACAGCUUGAGAUCAGGAACUACCAAGACUCAAGAGAACAAGGCACCUGAGGUGGUGCAUGGACAAAAUAUCUGCGAUCCAACAUCAGACCAGACAGCAGGUUUGAAAGGUGGCGAUGAAAGAAUGAAGGGAGGAGGAGGUACAAGACGAAUGACUUAUGAAUUCAGUCCAAUAAAAAGAUGCCAACAGGAACUUGGGGCUUCCGAAGAGACUGAGACCAAAACGGACACGAUCAGAUUGAGUCCGAUGAAAAGGGGAAGAUGGAAGAGCAGAACUGAGGGAUCAGGAGACACAUCUGCCUGUAAACCAAAGCCGACCUCAACAAAAUGCAAUAUAAACACUUGUGACAAAAAGAUCGGUUGUUAUUCUCCAGAAGAAACUGUCAAAGAUGAAAAAUGCUGUGGAAUGAAAACCAGAUCAAGCUGUGAGGGAAACAGCAACCCACGCUUUCCUUCCAUGCAACAACAAGGCCUUUCUGAUAAGUUACCCUCAAAGUACAAAGACUUUGUGUCUUUCAAAACAAAGGCGCGCAAACAUCAGCCAAAUAAGAAGUCAGGAAAAGGAGGAAUAACACUGAGAAGUGGGCGGAAGAUUGAUAAUUACCGUGAACAAAAGCAAAGAGAACAAAAGGAGAGAUCCGAGGAGCACAAUGAGAGACAUUUUGAACAUGCAAAUGUGUUGAACACGGCAAACUGUCUUUAAAACAAUUCACAGUUUAAUUCAUUGUUAAAUACAAAAAUAUGAACACGUGUAAGAAAAUGUCAAUAAAAUAAAUGUCUUGAUUUACAGAG